AAAGUUAUAUCAGUCAUCUGCCUGUUGCAAAUAUGGUAAAAUUAGUAAUAUGAGAUGGAAUUGUGUUAUUUCCUUGUGGUUGGUACCCCUAAAAAAAGAUCUUUCUUGUUAGUUCUUAGUAGCUGCUGGGUUGGUUUCUUCUUACCUCUGUCUGAACCGUUGAACCUCUUUCAACGCACAUCCAUGGCGUCCUGCAGAAUCGUAUCCCGUUCUUCUCUUUUUCUGCUCCAAAGCUGCAGUCCCCGAAGAACUCAACGGAUUUUCUCUUCUGUUUUUCUCCCUUCUCUACACCUUCCCUCCUUCUCUCUGUUCUUCACUAACAGAUUCUCAAGAAGCAACCCUAACGCAGUUUCUACAAGAUGUUUCGCUUCAAUUUCCGCCGCAACAUCGCCACUAGAAGUAGAAGAUAUUGUGGCUGACGUAGAACCACCGGAGGUUCGUACACAAGACACGGUGGAGCACCUGCUCACGCAUUCCAAUGACGUUGCUAGGUUGAUGAAGAUGGAACGGAGGUCGGUUGAGUUAGAUGGAGCUGAAUAUCCACAUAAAGGGCGGUGGUUUCCGUAUCUGGAUAAGUAUAGCUGUGGAAGUUCUUGGUUGAAUAGUGGUGAGAUUUUGGAGGCCUUGGAUUCUCUCAUAUUGGACUCGAGGAAAGAGCGGUUCAAGAACGUGGUGCGGAAUAGAAGCUACUCCGUUUGUUUGGUGGUGGAGGGAUUGACAGAUUUCGGUAACGUCUCGGCGGCGUUUCGAUCUGCUGAUGCGCUUGGAUUUCAGUCGGUUCAUGUGGUCUCUUGCGACGCUUCCAAAAGGUACAGAGAGAAUCGUCAUGUUAGCAUGGGAGCAGAGAAAUGGUUGGACAUUGAACUUUGGAACUCUACCCCAGAAUGUUUUAAAAUUCUGAAAUCCCGGGGUUAUAGAAUAGUCUCUACUCAUCUAGGAGCGAAUGCGGUUUCUGUCUAUGAUAUGGAUUGGUCGUGUCCAACUGCAAUUGUGGUGGGGAAUGAAAGUAGGGGAAUAAGUAAUGAAGCCCUGGAGCUAUCAGAUUUGCAUUGCAGUAUUCCUAUGAAUGGCAUGGUAGAUUCCUUCAACGUUUCAGUUGCUGCUGGCAUCCUCAUGCACCAUGCUGUUUGCAAUCGGACUUCUCGGCUGGGCUGUCAUGGAGAUCUUACAUCAGAAGAAAGACAAAUUCUACUGGCGGAGUUCUCUCUUAGGCAUAGCAAGAGUGCAAUCAGCAUUGCGAACGAGUUGGCAAAGCGGAAGGGUUCCGCAAUCUCUAGUACGGAGGUAUUGCUGUAGAAUGCCAAAAGUUUUGGGCAUUUGAUGUGUUGGAAAUGUUUACGAGAAGCAGAAACACAGGGAAUCUCUUUCAAAGUUUACACUAAAACGGGGCUCCGGGAAUUUGCAAUGAAUUCGAAAGCAGUUUGUAAAGGCUGCGUUCUAUCCCAAAAACUUCUACAUCAACUCAUAUGCCUCUGUAUAAUGUUAUUGUAGUUCUCCAUUUGACUUGGAGAAACGUUACCUUCGGCUUCAAUUGGUAAUUUUUUUAAAAAAGAAUUUAGCUUAUAAAUACUAUUUUUACCUUCAA